CGAACUUCGCACUCGCUCGGAGGCUGCGCUGAACUUUAGAAUUCGGGUCCAGAGGAGUGGCUCCAUGACGCACAGGCCCACUUUGGAUCUGCUGGCCGAGCUGCAGGGAGCGAUGAUGGGCAACACGCUGGUGAAGUGCGCGCUGACGGACCUGGGGGUCCAGUGGGCCGGCUGGGCUCUGGCGUCCGCGCUCCGGACCGAAAAGUUCUACGACCUGGCAGGAUCUGGAACCUUCAUCCUCCUGGCUCACCUGAGCCGGUACUGGGGCGGAGCCAGCGGCGUCCGGCAGCGCGUGCAGACAGGACUGGUGACCGCGUGGGGACUCAGGCUCGGAACCUUCCUGUUCAUGCGGAUCCUGAAGGACGGACACGACCGCAGGUUCAACCAUGUCAGAGACAGUCCCGGGACUUUCUUCGUCUACUGGAACGUGCAAGCUCUGUGGGUCUUCCUGACGCUGCUGCCCACCCUCAUGCUGAACUCAGAGAAGAGGGACGUGGCUCUGGGGCCCCGGGACUACGCGGGCUGGGCCUUGUGGGGUCUGGGUUUUGCCACUGAAGCCAUUGCAGAUCAACAGAAGUGGCUCUUCAAAGGAGAUCCUGAGAACGCAGGGAAGUUCAUCCGCAGCGGACUCUGGGCCGUCAGCAGACACCCCAACUACCUGGGUGAGAUCCUGCAGUGGUCCGGGCUCUGGCUGUCGGCCUCCUCCGUCUUCAGUGGGUGGCAGCACCUGAGCGUGGUGUCGCCGCUCUUCGUCUGGUUCUUGUUGCGCUAUGUCAGUGGGAUUCCCAUCCUGGAGAAGCAGGCCAUGAGGCGCUGGGGUUCAGACCCGGAAUUCCAGGAGUACAUCCGUAACACUCCUCUACUCUGGCCCCGGCCCUGGUUUUGAGGCUCCUGAGAAUCAAACAUUCAGUCCAAACACUGGUCUCAGGAACCCACUGGGUUUUUCAUGACAUGAACAAUCUUUCAGUU